AUGAAUGAUCAUGUUUCUUCUCUCACUGAGUCUGCUCCUAUUGUAGCUGCCUUUACUGCUAACCGAGGACGUGGUGGUGUUCCGUCUAAUCGUGGAAUUGUUCCAAAUUCACGAGGUGGUACUGCUCGUGGAUCCUUUACCAACCAGCGAAGCUAUCAACAAGUUGGUGAAGCAUCGUCCUCUAUGAACACACGAUUAGUGUGUCAAAUCUGUGGCAAGCAGGGUCAUCCGGCGUUGGACUAUUAUCAAAGAAUGAACCUUGCGUAUGAAGGUCGAAUUCCAGCAAAACGUCUUACUACCAUGGCCACCUCUCCUACUACCAUGACUCGAUAG